CUAUCUAUUGAUUGCCCAAUACAAUGCAACGUCUAAUAAUGAUCACUAGAAAAUGCAUUGAUAACUUAAAUUUUUAUUUCUUACUUUUAUGACUGAAAAUGGCGGCAAUAAUAAAGUGUUUGGAGUUACAGAAAUAGCAAUGAAAGGCCUACGUUAAUCAUGAGUGUAGUUAACGCGUACCUUGCUAGGAUGACGUGAUUCCCAUGUACUUUAUAAUCCAUUGCAAUUCAAAUUUCUGUUCGUUCAAGGUAGGCAGGCGAUCUUUUGUUCCUCUCAAUUACGUUUUUCUGCUGCAAUAAUGGUUGAGGAUCACUCUGCACAAAAGCUCCGCUUGGAGAAUUGGAUGGCUGACUUACCUGAACCUAUAAAAGACAUGCCUUUGAUAUUUCUUGCCAUACCAGGAAGCCAUGAUUCAAUGACCUAUGGCAUAACAAGGUCCAGUACAGUGGCCCCUGAUGCUGAACCAAUCCUCAACCGACUGUACCCAAUAUUCCGAGGUACGAUCUUACGAUGGACCAUAACGCAGGCCAGUGACACUUGGCAACAACUUCUCAUUGGCAUUAGAUAUUUUGACCUACGGUUAGCCACAAAGGCUGGUGAUGACAAGUUCUAUUUCACUCAUGGAUUGUAUGGAGAUGAAAUAUCAUUGGCAUUGGGACAGAUUCGCAAGUUUGUGGAUUCUCAUCCGGGUGAGGUAGUAAUUCUGGACUGCCAGCAUUUCUACAAGUUCACCCGUGAGGACCACCUGAGGUUGAGGCGAUACCUGCUGGAUCUCUACGGGGCACGCCUCGUGCCGCGUCGGAUAGAUUUGCAGGCUAUCACGCUCAACUCACUCAAUAGACUGAAGAUGCAGGUGAUAGUAGUAUACCGCAACGAGACGGUGAACACGACGGGCGAGUUCUGGCAGCCGCAGAUGAUGCCGUCACCGUGGCCGCGCCAGGACUCCAUCUCUGGCCUGCUGAACUUCCUCACCAACGUCAGGAGGAACCCCAGCACUGGAUUCGUGCACCAAGCUGUACUUACACCUACACCUACUUUUAUUUUGUUGCGGUGGAUAUCAAGUCUACGCCAGAAAUGUGCGGUGCCGGUCAUUAACGAGGUGCUGCCCAAGCUGGCCGAGUUCUCCCCAGGCCCGCCCGCACCGCACCUGAAGGCCGGCGCACGUUCCACCGUCAACGUCGUCAUCGCAGACUUCGUCGACAUGGACGACGCCAUAUUCCCACGAACAAUUAUAGACCUUAACAUGAAGCUAUUAAGGCAUACAGAGUUAGUACAUUACGGGUAAGAAGCAUUUCCAUGAAAUCAGGCUUUUUAUACUUAUAAUUAGUUACAAUUUAGUUAGCACAACGCCCGUUGUGGCGGUUGUAAUUCUAUGUACCUGAAGCUUUUACGUUUUUACUGAAUACAAGAUGUUUCUGUGAUAUUAAAUCAUCAUAUUUUUUAUACUCUCAGUAAUACAAUGUACGUAUGUAUACCGCUAUUGUGUGUACUGAAUUGUGGUACAGCGUUAUUAAUAAGCAAUAUUGUACAAGUACAAGUGCCCCAAAUAAAAGUAUAUGUAUGUCAUAUCA